CAAAAUUACAAAGGCGUCGGAUAUGAGAUGUGAAAGGCAGUCGAUCCCUUCCCAAAGUCUCUAUAGUAUCUCUAUUCAUUAUUCUAACCAGCUUUGGCAUCUUCCUUAUUUUACUUUCUCUCCUUUAAAUCGUAAUGUUCCAUGUGAUUUAUCAUUCGGCAGUGAGGGUUUUACGAGGUUAGAAGAAAUCACGUCGCAUAUUUAAGUUAAUGCAAUUUCUUAAGUAAUGAGAGGAGACACAAUGUUUAGGGUAUAGGUGGAGGGAACAGAGGAUUUUGGUGGAGACGAAAUUUGAACAGAGCCGCAAAUACGAAAUGAGAAGAAAACUGAAUUUUAUAGCAAAAUGACCAGGUCUAAAAGAAGCGAAUGACUAUAAGUUGAGGGUAAGGUGUCGGUAUUUUCACAGAUCGGCCAUGCGGCACCAUGGCGCACAUUGCUGGUGGCUUUUUGGCUCUCUAUCAUGGCCAAAUUUGUGAAGGAUGGCAAUGCCAUAUGUCGGAUUUUAGGCUCUCUGCUAUCCGCCAUCGGUAACACUGGAAGCUGAUACAUAAUGCUUCAACACCAAACCGUGCCGUCCCCUGCUAGGCUAGGCCUUACAAACCCUAACUCACCAUCACUUUUGAACCCCAACCCUCAAAAGCUACCUCCUUCCCAGACCCAUCAUCACCAAAACCACCAUUCUGUGUCUCCUUCAGCGGCUUUACUCUCUCUUUUACCACCUCUUCCCAGAGCACAGGCACUUCUUUCUCAAAUGGCUACCUUAGCUUCAAAACUCUUUGAAGUAUCACCCAACAGAUCUGUUUGGCUCACUGCAUUCCGUGGAUCACUCCCAACAUUCCUUUCUUCCCAAACCCAAACACAAUCACAUUCAUCUUCCUCGCUUGAGUCGUCUUCUCCUUCCUCCACUAAAGAAAUUAUUUCACUUUUCACCUCCCUUCAAACCCAAAUCUUUGAAUCUGUCUCUGAACUCCAAGAAAUUAUUGAUCUACAAGAUGCUAAGAAGAAGAUUGACGGGGAAAUUAGGCCAAAAGAUUCAGCACUUCUUGCAUUUGCCAACAAACUCAAAGAUGCUGAGAGGGAACUCGACAUUCUUGUUGAUGAUUACUCUGAUUAUCGCCGCAACAUCAAGAGAUUGAAAUCAGGAGAUGGUAGUGAAGAUGAUUCUUUAACCACCUCAACUGUCUCAUAUCAGCUGAAACUGUCAGAUAUAUUAUCAUAUGCUCAUCGAAUCAGUUAUACAACCUUUGCACCACCGGAAUUCGGAGCAGGAACGGCUCCUCUUCGCGGUGCAAUGCCACCUGCACCACAAGAGGAACAAAUGAGAGCUUCGCAGCUAUAUAACUUUGCAGAUCUUGAUAUUGGGUUGCCUAAAGCACUUGAAAAUAAGGAGAAAACAGUUGAGGCUAUUAUUGAGCCUCCACCUUUACAGACCGUGGAUAAUAAUAAUCCACUUGCGAAUUUGUCUGCAAUUCAAGGGAUGCUUCCUCCCAAUUUUUCUAUUCCGCCUGGUUGGAAACCUGGAAUGCCUGUACAAUUGCCUAUUGAUAUGCCAAUUAAGCCCCCACCUGGGUGGAAACCAGGGGAUCCUGUGGCAUUGCCUCCUACUGACUCACUUCCGGAACCAAAGGAACCGAAAAUACCCCCUCACAUCCCUCAGCCCAAGCAGCCUGAAAUUAUUCAAGUGCAGCAUGUUAAUUUGGAUCUUGGAGGAACUGAUAGCAGUGAUUAUAGUAGUGAUGAGGCAAGCUCUGAUGACGAAGAUUGAGAAGUCCAUGUAACUUAUUUUCUCAAAUUGUCGACUGUACAUGUGAGGUUUUAUUUAUAAAAUUUUUCUUUUAAUAAAAUAGUUGGAAAAACAUGAUGUAUGUGAAGCCAUUAGUUUUUCCCUCUAGUAAGUCGCUCAUUUUGCGCGUGUGAUACUUAUGUCAUUUGCCUACAUCUAUGUUUAAGGUGCUAAGGUCCUGUCAUUUGUUUCUAAGCAUUGAGUUUAAGAUGUUAUCUAUCUUUAGCCUUGAUAAGUUGCAUUGAUUGCUUGAUAACAAUUAACAACAUAACUUUUCAGCAUCUAGUUACUGUUUCGAGUAAUCGGACAUAAUCUUCCGCUGAGUUGAACAUCCUUGACCAGCAUCAGCUAAUUUGAGAAAAUACACUCAGGAGGGUAACUCAGCAGCUUUUUUGGUUUAUCUAUUAUUGUUUUUCCCUGUUAAACUGAGACAGUUGAAGAUAAUGCAGUUGAUUCUGACAUUUUGCUUGUUACUAUUGGUCUUGUGAUUUAUGGAUUUUGUAGAGGUUACUGAAAUGAUUGAAGAUAAUGUAGUUGAUUCUGAUA